AUGGCAACGGCUCGCUUUACAGCCUGCUUUAGCUCAUUAGCUCAAGCCUCCUGCGUUGGCCAAAUGGGCGAGCCCACGCGCGUGGAGGAGCGGAGGAGGCCGCGGCCUCGUCGCGUGGGCCCCUACGUCCUCUCCGGCCGAACGCUUGGGGUCGGCCGCAACGGGCCCGUCCACCAUGCAAUUUCUCGCCUUGACGGGAGCGAGGUGGCAAUCAAGAUGGUCCCUCGCAGGGCUGGAGACGAGAGGGAGCCGGAGGAGGUGGCGGCGCUGGCGCGAGUGGGCCGCCAUCCCAACAUCGUGAUGCUCCUCGACACGUGCAGGACGGCGAAGGGGUACGAUAUCCUCGUGACCGAGGCGGUGGGCGGAGGCGAGCUGCUUGAGCUGGCGAGCGGGCGGGUGCCCGAGGAGCGCGCGAGAGAGCUUCUCGCGGGCGUGAUUGCUGGCGUGGUCCACAUGCACUCGCGCGGGGUGGCGCACCGCGACCUCAAGCUCGAUAACAUGCUCCUCACCGAGGCGGGCAGCUCGCACGUCAAGAUCAUCGACUUCGACGUCGCGCACUUCGACCCCUCCGCGGCUGCCCCUCCGGGCUGCCUCGAGCGAGGGCGUGCGCCCCUCUCGCGCACGUGCUCCUGCGUCUGCGGCACGAGCUCGUACGACGGCAAGCAGGCGGACGUCUGGUCGCUCGGCGUGUGCCUCUUCGCCCUCGUGCUCGGCAUUUUCCCCGUGGAGGAGGCGAGCGAUGAGAACGAGAUCGCACGGCACCCGAGAUUACCCGAGACCACCAAAGAUCGGGCCUCUUCCCCGCACGGAGCGCAGGCCAGCGACAAGGACCCGCGCUUCGAGGCGCUCAAGCGCGCGCAGCUGGAUCGCCGCUCGUCCGCGCUCCUCGACGGGAUGCUGCUCGUCGACCCGUCCACGCGCCUCACGAUGGCGGACGUGCAGGCGAGCCGCUGGUUCCACACCCUCGCACCAGGGCUGAGAGACGACCCCGCGCCGCCGCGGACCCCCGCGGCUGACGCCCGGUCAUUCGGCAAGUCGUUCGGCGGGCCGCUGCGCCUCUGCCUCUUGCCGUGCGGCCCGAGCUGCGAGGACGAGUCGAGCCUCACCUCGCCAAAGUCCGUCCUCGACCUGCCGCCCUCCCUCGACAUGGUGGCGGGCGCGGGCGCGGCGCGCGGCGCAGACCGGCAUUUGCUUCGCUCGCAAAGCGAGGCCGACGACGAGGGCGACGGCGACUCCCCUGCCUCGGCAGCCACCUCUCCCCCCCCCUCGGCUUUCGCCUCUCUAGCUGCCACCUCUCCCACCUCUCCCACCGCCCCCACCGCUCCGGCGAGCUCGGCCGCGUCUCCGCGCGGGGCCGAGUAG